GUGUGGUACUAAAAGCGCAAGCAUCUGUAACUCCGAGCAAUGUGGCACAUGUGGGGUUUGAUGAGAAGCCUGAGAAGCCAAGUGAGAAUCAUCUCCCUUACUAUUCCUUAUAUUUAACAUGAAUUUUGAAUUUCAAUUUCCACAGAACUCCUAGAACUUGAAGAUACACAGGGACAUACGAUUUUAUUUAUCUGGAGUAAAUACUAGGAAUGGAAUGGCUGCAUCACAUGGAAUAUAAAAGAUACUCUGAGUUAAAAAGAAUACAAAAGAGCAUAAGACUUUUCUUUGCAACAUACUGUUCCCUCUGAAGAACACCAGUUGGAAUCAGAAGAGCAGAAUGAAUUGUUUAUUGCUACCCUUUAUGUUGGGACUUCUCCUAUGGCCUUGCCUUACAGCAAUAGAAAACUCUGAAGUAGAGAAAGUUAAGCACGCAAUGAGAUCUCACCUGAGAGUGAAGCGUGGCUGGAUGUGGAACCAGUUUUUUGUACCAGAGGAAAUGAAUAAGACUAGUCAUCACAUUGGGCAGCUAAGAUCUGAUUUAGACAAUGGAAACAACUCUUUCCAGUACAAACUUUUGGGAGCUGGAGCUGGGAGUAUUUUUGUCAUCGAUGAAAGAACAGGUGACCUCUAUGCAGUACAGAAGCUUGACCGAGAGGAGCGCUCCCUCUACACCCUCAGAGCCCAGGUGACAGACGCCACAACGGGAAGGGCUGUGGAGCCUGAGUCGGAGUUUGUCAUCCGAGUCUCGGACAUCAAUGACAACGAGCCACAAUUCCUAGAUGGACCUUACGAGGCCGUUGUCCCAGAGCUGUCUCCAGAAGGAACUUUAGUCAUCAGGGUCACAGCAACUGAUGCUGACGAUCCUUCAAGUGGCCAUAAUGCUCGCCUCCUGUACUGCCUACUACAAGGCCAGCCGUAUUUCUCUGUUGAAUCAACAACAGGAGUCAUAAGAAUAUCAUCUACUAUGGAUAGAGAACUACAAGAUGAGUACUGGGUAAUUAUUCAAGCCAAAGAUAUGAUUGGUCUGCCUGGAGCACUGUCGGGAACAACAAGUGUGUUAAUUAAACUUUCUGAUGUUAAUGACAAUAAGCCUAUGUUUAAAGAAAGUUUAUACCGCUUAACUGUCUCUGAAUAUGCACCCAUUGGGACUUCUAUAGGAAAAAUCAUGGCAUAUGACAAUGACAUAGGAGAGAAUGCAGAAAUGGAUUACAGCAUUGAAGAAGAUCAUUCACAAACAUUUGACAUCAUUACUAAUAAUGAAACCCAAGAAGGAAUAGUUAUAUUAAAAAAGAAAGUGGAUUUUGAGCACCAGAACCACUAUCGUAUUAGAGCAAAAGUUAAAAACCACCAUGUUGAUGAGCAGCUCAUGAAAUAUCAUGCGGAAGCCGCCACCACUUUAAUUAGAGUCCAAGUGGAAGAUGAGGAUGAGCCUCCUGCUUUUCUCCUCCCAUAUUACGUAUUUGAAGUCUUUGAAGGAAGCCCACGUGGAUCAUCUGUAGGCGUGGUCUCUGCCAUGGAUCCAGAUCAGAGGAAAUCUCCUAUCGGAUAUUCUAUCAGCAGAAGCCAAGUAUUCAGAAUUGAUGACAAUGGUACGAUCAUCACAACUAACCCUCUCGAUCGAGAGAAUAGUGCUUGGUACAACCUAAGUAUUACGGCCACAGAAAAAUAUAAUACACAACAGAUUUCUUCAGUCCCUGUGUAUGUGCAAGUUCUUAAUAUUAAUGAUCAUGCUCCUGAGUUCUCUGAAUACUAUGAGACUUACGUUUGUGAAAAUGCAGGCUCUGGUCAGGUAAUUCAGACCAUCAGUGCAGUGGACAGAGAUGAAUCCAUAGAAGAUCAUCAUUUUUACUUUAAUCUGUCUGUGGAAGACACAAAUAACUCAAGUUUUACAGUCAGAGAUAAUCAAGAUAACACAGCUGUAAUUUUGACUAAUAGAACUGGUUUUAGCCUUCAAGAAGAGCCUGUCUUCUAUAUAUCCAUCCUAAUUGCUGACAAUGGAAUCCCGUCACUUACGAGUACAAACACCCUUACCAUACAUGUCUGUGACUGUGAGGACAGUGGGAGUGUACAGACCUGCAGGAAUAAGCAUCUUAUGCUGUCCAUGGGAUUCAGGACAGAAGUCCUACUUGCUAUUCUGAUAUGCAUUAUCAUAAUAUUUGGGUUUGUUUUUUUGAUCCUAGGUCUGAAACAACGGAGAAAGCAGAAUCUGUUUCCUGACAAAGGUGAAGAUUUCAGAGAGAACAUAUUCAGAUAUGACGAUGAAGGAGGAGGAGAAGAGGACACUGAAGCCUUCGACAUUGGGGAGCUGAGGAGCAGCGCCAUGAGGCGGGAGCGCAAGGCACGCAAAACCGCGUCCGCGGAGAUCAGGAGCCUGUACCGGCAGUCUUUGCAGGUUGGCCCAGACAGCGCGAUAUUCAGGAAGUUUAUUCUAGAAAAGCUUGAAGAAGCUAAUACUGACCCUUGUGCCCCUCCUUUCGAUUCCCUCCAGACCUAUGCUUUCGAGGGAACAGGAUCAUUAGCUGGAUCCCUGAGCUCCUUAGGAUCAGCAGUCUCUGAUCAGGAUGAAAAUUAUGAUUACCUUCAUGAAUUGGGACCUCGCUUUAAAAGAUUAGCAUGCAUGUUUGGUUCUGCUAUGCAGUCAAAUAAUUAGGGCUUUUUUAUUAUUAAAAUGUUUAAAAUGCUAAUGGGCGUUUGGGCAACCUGGUAGCCUCUUGGUUAGGAGUUGUGUGCUCCAGUUCUCUGGGGGGAAAAAAAAAGGUAAUUUAUAGUUUUCUCAUUUCUUUGGAGUAAAUACCCCAUGGUUAUUUCAAGCUACCUAGGUAUUGUCACUGGAUGCAAAUAUGAAGAGAACGUAGUGAUAUCAGCUCUCCGUGCAAAUAUGAAGAGAAGAUAGGGAUCAGCUCUUAGUGCCAAUGCCAGUCAACUCAGGCGGACCGCUGAAAUAUUACCCUAGCAUUCUUUCAAUAUCGUUCAUAACAAAUUCUUUAAAUUUUUGAAUAUUUAAUGUGAGAAUGACACUGAACUAGAUCAUCUCAACAUUAUUUCAUUUAUAGGUAUUUUAAGUCUUACAAAGUUAAACUAUGUCUGUUAAGUUCCUGAUACUAUAAACUUAAACACCCAAGAAAAUCUAGAUUACAUAAAACUUUUAAAGACUAUUAUAAAACUGUUUUUUAUGAAUGAAUAAGCAAGUUUCUGACUGCAGUCGUACAAUUCAUUACAGUUUGAUAUUUUAAAAUUGUCAAGACCACACUUGAAAAAUGAUUUCAAAUUUAGACAGUUAUUUGGUAUAUGUUAAUUAACCAAAGAUACUAUGUAAAUUUAUAUUGUCUUUAAUAUUACAGCUUUGUAUAAAAAAGGGGGAUUAAAAUAUGCUUAGAAGUUCUUCAUAAGUUACUUUCAUAUGUAGCCAAAACACAACUUUAUCAUGUCACAAUAUAACAACAAGUAUAUAAUAAACAUUUACUCAACAUUAAAUUUAAGCUUAAUGAAAAUGGUAGAAAGUGUGACACAAUUUUAAGUAAAUUUGUAUUGCUGCCAGAAGUGAUAGCAAUAAAUAAAAGGAAUACUGGACUCACACAUCAAUUAAUAUUCAUCCUAAAAAUUAUAAUCAACUCACUGACUCUGACCAUGCCGGGAAUAAAAGUGAUAAAUUUUGAGCAUUUCCUUCUUUUAUUAAGAGCAUAGACUAUAACUGAUUCUUCAGUCAUUUUUUUAUUAUGGAAUAUAAAAUAAGGGGCAGUAGUUACUUUUAUGGUAACAUUAUGAAGGAAGUAUGCUAAGCUGUUGAACAUAAAGGUUUAUGGUAACAUUAGACAAUAAAAUAAUAAAACACUAAUUUUAAUCAGCCUUUUAAGAGUGAUCCUUAUUAUUCUAUCCAAAUCAAGGUGGAAUUCAAAACUCAUAGGCUGAACAGAAAGAAAGUAGUGAAUGCAGUGUCCUCAAAAUUGCUUUAUGUGUUCAUUUUUUAUUAAUAGUAUGUGAAAGUGAGCUAAACCCAAUUUGACCAACCAUAUAUGUUUAAAUCAAAUACUGCAAAUAAUUUUGAGUUAGAGUAGUUGAAUGGCCACAAUAUUUUUCUCUGUACUUUGAAAUAUAAAUACUCAUACCAAGUAUUAGAAGAGAGUUUUUCAUCAACAUCAAUCAGGUGCUGUUAUGUCAGAUAUCAUCACUUUACAAAAGCCUGAGAAAAUCAGGCUUGAAACACAAUUUAGGAAGAUAUUAAAAGUAGGUGAGAGGACAAAAGCUGUACUAAAUCCUUAUGCAUUCAUAUCAUUAUUUACUUAGGAAAAACUAAGAGUACUAAACACAAGAACAUUUAAAAAGAAUGAAAACUUCCUAGUAAAAUAGAAAUGUAUGUUGAGAAAACAUUUAUAUUUCUAUGAUAUUGACAUAAAAAUUGAAAGAGCAUAGUUAGGGAAAUUUUCAUGAAUUAUUACAUGGAUCAUUGUUCCCUGUAUUAAAUAAUAAUGCUAGGUUAUCUUGGUUGAAGAAUUGGAAGGUAUGAUAAACAAUCGAUGAAGAAAUCCAUGGAAAAGUAAAUGAGGAAAAAAAAUGAGAUUGCAGUAGGGUCUGUCAUAGAAGAAAACCUCAUAAACAACUAACUGUCUUGGAUCACACCUUGUAAAAAUGCACAUUUAUGCAAUAUCUGCAUUAACAGGGUGUACUGUUUGAGUCCAGUGGCAUUAAGCAUAUUUGUUAAAUUCUGAUUUGGUGAAUGAUAUGUCAAUCAUAGCAUACAUAUGGGAAAGAGCCUACAUGGUACUAUAUCUCUGCUUGUCUAAAAUGUGUCUUUUAAACUACAUCAGAAAUACUGAUUCUAGUAGAGAAGUUACAAUGUCCUAGAAAUUAUCCUUGGUGAUAUUUCAAUAACUAUUUUAACCUUUUUCUAGUCACAUGGAUGUUGCAAGAAUACAGUUAGCUGGAUCCUAAGCUAAAGACAUGACAUUAAGAUCUCAUUUUUGUAAAUUUUAAUAAAGGCCAAAGCAAUGCAGAUAUUUAUGAAAAUUGCACGGCAUCCCAUUAAUACCUGCAGUGCUUAUAUAUCACCCUUAGUUAAUUCACAGGUUUUAUAUGUAAGUCUUAAAUUACUAACGGUUGAAAUGGGAAAAUAUUUUUAAGUCCUUUAUAGAGUCAGAAAAUGUUAGCAGUAAUAGUUGUUUCUCAGGCAGGUGGGCUUGAGCCGACUAGAUCUGUGUGUGAAUUAGUUCCCUUUUAUUUAAAGAACUGUGUGAACUUUGUCAAAAUGCCCAAUUAUCCGAGAUCUGAGUUGGUAAUCCGUAAAAUGAGGUCCAGUCUACCUAUUCCAUAUGAUUGCUGUGAAGAUUAAGGAAAUAACAAGCACAAAAAGCCCCUGACAAAAUGUAAGGGCUCAGAGAACAAGGGCAUCGUGGGAACCGCUUGUGCUACUCGGCUGGAACGCACACCCCUUUCUUUCCUAGCAUUCGGGGAGCCCCACGGCUGAACAGCGCAUUUGAGGUACAAAUCAGCUUCCUGACCUGACGCUAAAGGACAUGUGUUCCCCUGUCCACACUGUCUCUGUGUUCUCUUCCCUCUCCCAAUCUCGCGUUCUAGGCCUGACACGAUCUUCCUCUAAACAUUUGUUUUUCACUCCCUUACUUCAUUCAGGUCUCUGAUCAAUUGCAACUUCCUCAGGAGGGCCUCUAUAACCAGUUUCCCCCACCCCCCACCCCCAUGUGCCUUUGCUAGGUCCUGCUUUUCAUCAAAUCAUUUAGCCACCUGGUAUUACAUUAUAUAUAUAGAUUAUUUGUUACUGUCUUUAUCCCUCAAUAGAAUGUAAACCCUAAGUGGGCAAGGAAUUGUCUGUCUUGUUUAUUUGUUCUUGUCCAAAAUUGUUUCUAGCACAUAGUACGAGACCAAUAAAUAUUUCUUAAGUGAAUGUAAUAAUGAAUCCCAAACUAUUUUACUUGAUCAUGUAUAGAAGCCGUGACUUUUGUCGAAUAUUAAUAUGGUUUCAAUGUAUUCAUUAUCAAAUUUAAUAAUUAUCAAAACAGUUUAGUUUUGGGUAGUUCUUAGGUACAAUAGGAAUUUUCAAAAUCUUUCCAGAAAUUAUAUAGAUUAGGCAUUUUAACUCGUUUGGACUGUUGAUGUAAUUCCCCUGGGGAAAAAGGUAAUGGUAUUAUAUUGUUUAGUCAAAACUGGUUCUUUGUUGUAAAAAUUAUCAUAUGAAUAAGUUCCCUUCAAAUGUGAUGCAUGUGAAAAUGUGUGGGAUGAAUGCGAAUUCUACUUCACAUUUUAGAAUGUAACUUGGUAACAAAUGCAUUGUCAAUCUUACAGGCCACUCAAAACCUACUUACAAGGUAGCUUCGUGUUCUUUUAUAUGAUAUAAAAGGUCAUUGCAUAUCAAAUACAUUAAAGGUGGGGUGACAAAUUCUAGAGAAAAAUGGAGGGAAGGAAUAGAGGAAUUGGCUAUCUCCAUAUCCAAUUACAUCUAUCUUUUCUAUCAAUAUCUAUUUAUCGAUUAUCUACUUAGUGAGAGAAAUUGUGAUAUCCUGAAGGAGAAGAGCAUCUCAGUCACAAAGUAGGUCCUUAGGACCAGUUAGAAUUGUCGCUACCUUUCUUUCAGGAUGCCCUCUCUUGAGGAUGGCAGGCUGACCGGCUGGCCUGAAAUGGCAGGGAAAGAGAGAGGGCCACAGGUGGGGAGAGAUUCAUGACUUAACCUAUGUAUGAGUUUCCCAUAGGUUAAGAGGUUGCAGCUGUCGAAAUUUUGCACAGAAGGUAGGAGGUGAGAGGAAGCUUCAAUCAGUCAUUCAAAGAAUAUGUCACACAGACUAAGGAAAAACAGGGACCUGUUUCCGAGUACCCCAUGCAUGAGCCCCAGGUUAGGGAGCCGGCAGUCAGACAGCUGUCAGCACACAGGACUGCAGCUGUGGUUACCUGUGGCGCCAGCCCUGUGUGCUGUGCUCCUCACUCCAUCCUCACCCAGAUGCCAAGGACCAGAAGCAGCAGUGUAAGAGGGAGAAGAGAGGUGGAAAUGCACAUUGGGUGUGAAGUUCAAGUCUUCUGAUACUUGGAAAUGGAUUUUUAAGAAAAUAUUUGACAGUAACCAGAAGCUGUGCAAAAGACCUGAGAUUUGACUAAGAUAGGCAUCAGAAAGAUCAAUGCAAUUGUAUUUAACAUCUGAAUAGAACAAAAUAUUUUCAUGUUUUUUUUCAAGUUACAAAUGAAUCGAUAACCUGGAUAGAUUAACAUAUCAAAUCAAUUUGGCAUUUCAUAUAGUUCAAAUAAGGUUCAAUUUUCUAAUAGAAACCAUAAACAAAAACAAAGAAGUAAAUAUAAUUUGUAGGGUUCUUAAACAUUGGAGAGCAUAUUAAAAUAAUGUACACAACUGUAUUUCAUGUCACUCUGUUGUGUUUAUUCAUUUUAAUAUUUAAAAUUUGUUAUGUUCUAUUGAGUUCUGCAGUUCUAAGUGAUUUAUCUCAGUUAAAAAUAAGACUUGACAUGGAAAUUACUGUAUAUUCAGUAUUACCUAGGGGUAUAGAUCUGUAGAAUGUUUUGUCUAGAAAACAGAAUGUAGAUGAUAUAUGUAUUUACAUGUUUCCAUAGAAUUAAGUCAUUUAUGUGCUAGUAAGAAUAAGAGGUCUAUGAGGUACAUUUACAGUUAUUUUCUGGUUGCUAACAUUUCUUUGUUAUGUAAACUUUGGCAAGUUAUUUAAAACCUUCUCUUUUGGUAGCUUCAUCUGCACAAUGGGGAUAUUAAGAAUAGAUAAUAAGACUAUUGUGGGAAUUAACUGAAAUAAACAUAUCAACACUAAACUGUUCCUAAUGUAAUAUAGCAAACAACAUUUUUACCUAUUAUUGUUAACAUAAUUAUUAUUAAGUUUAUCUUUAGAAAUGCUCAUUAGACUGAUCUUACUGUAGAAUUAAUAUGGACAAGAAAAAAAUGAAUUAAUUCAGGACAGUAAUUAGCUUGCUGUUACUUAUAGCCUCCCCACCUCAGCCCUUUUGGGGGUAAUGUUCCAUUAUUACCAAGGAAAAAAUCAAUUGCUCAAGUUAUAUAUUAUAUAUAAAACAUUCUGAUUGGACGUCACUCUAUUUUGUUGAGUAACCACACUUUGUGGCAACUUUUUCUAGACAUAGAUAUUUUAGAAAAAAACUCUAUCAAAGAAAGGAAUGAUUUUGCUUAUUUUGUAACUUAUGGAUAAAUGAAAUUAUUUCUAUGUUAUAUUAGAACGACAUGAAAGAAACACAGGAACAUGAAUGGUUCCAAAAGAAAGCUUUCAAACCUAUUGUUAAUAUCUAACAGAUGAUACCCUGAGUUCUCACUUUAUAUUUGGAAUUUAAAAUUAAAUUACAAAGCAGAUUGUUCUCAUCAGCCUAAUAAAAAUGAAAAGUUGUACCCCUG